AAAUUAAGAAAAGAGAAGGAAAGGAGAAGAAGAUGGAGCGUAUUGUAGAGAAAUCUGCCAUAAAAAAUGGAGAAGCUAGAGAAGCAACAAACUUUCUUCUCGCCAUGUUUUUCCCGAACACUUCGCUUCAUCUCUCUCUCUCUUCUCUUACAUUUUCUUCUCCCCAUUUCUCUCAUUCUCUCUUCCUCUUCUUCUCUUUCCUCAAUCUUCCGCCAUGGAUAUCAACAACAACCACCACCACCGUUCCGAAGAAGACGAUAACGACGACGACGACGACGCUCUCUCCGCCAUGAGCUCCGUCCCUCCACCUCGCAAAAUCCAUUCCUAUAGCCAUCAGCUUCGUGCCACCGGUCAAAAAGGUCAUCACCACCGUCAACGUCAACACAGCCUCGACGAUAUCCCUAAAAUCACUGAAAUCAUCUCUGGUUGUGGUAUCUCCGGCGAUUCUUCCGAUGACGAGUUCUAUCCUUACGCCACCACCACAAAUUCCUCGUCUUUUCCUUUCACCGGAGAUACAGGAGAUACUGAUGAUUACUUGCACCAGCCUGAGAUCGGAGAAGAUUUUCAACCGCUUCCUGAAUUCGUCGGAUCUGGAGGCGGCGUUGGCAUGUUUAAAGUUCCGACGCGGUCUCCUUUGCACUCAGCGCGUCCUCCUUGUUUAGAGUUGAGACCACAUCCGUUGAAGGAGACUCAGGUUGGGAGAUUCUUGAGGAACAUUGCUUGUACGGGGACACAAUUGUGGGCUGGACAAGAGAGUGGUGUUAGAUUUUGGAACUUUGAUGAUGCGUUUGAGCCUGGUUGUGGUUUAAGCGGUCGUGUACAAAGAGGCGAUGAGGAUGCUGCACCGUUUCAUGAGUCGGCUAGUACUUCACCCACCACUUGUUUGAUGGUUGAUAAUGGGAACAGGCUUGUUUGGAGUGGUCAUAAAGAUGGAAAGAUUCGGUCUUGGAAGAUGGAUUAUGUGGUUGAUGAUGGUGAUGAUUCUCCUUUCAAGGAAGGUCUCUCUUGGCAAGCUCACAAGGGUCCUGUCAAUUCCGUAAUCAUGAGUUCUUAUGGUGAUUUGUGGUCAUGUUCAGAAGGUGGUGUGAUAAAGAUCUGGACUUGGGAAUCUAUGGAGAAAUCUCUUUCGCUUAGGUUGGAGGAGAAACAUAUGGCUGCUUUGUUGGUGGAAAGGUCAGGGAUUGAUCUCAGGGCUCAAGUUACUGUCAACGGAACUUGCAAUAUAUCUUCCUCUGAAGUCAAGUGUUUGUUAGCUGAUAAUGUAAGAUCUAAAGUUUGGGCUGCUCAGCUUCAAACCUUCUCCUUGUGGGAUGGUCGUACAAAAGAGUUACUGAAAGUGUUCAACUCAGAAGGUCAGACUGAAAACAGGGUUGAGAUGCCAUUGGGGCAGGAUCAGUCUGCUGAAGAUGAGAUGAAGGCGAAAAUUGCUUCCACUUCGAAAAAGGAGAAACCGCAUGGAUUCUUGCAACGCUCAAGGAAUGCUAUAAUGGGAGCUGCGGAUGCUGUUAGAAGGGUUGCAACAAGAGGAGGAGGGGCAUAUGAAGAUGCCAAAAGAACAGAAGCCAUGGUUUUAGCCGGGGAUGGCAUGAUUUGGACCGGGUGCACAAAUGGAUUGCUUAUACAAUGGGACGGAAAUGGAAAUCGGUUGCAAGAUUUCCGUCACCAUCAAUGUGCUGUACUAUGUUUCUGCACUUUCGGGGAAAGAAUAUACAUUGGUUAUGUUAGUGGUCACAUCCAGAUAAUUGAUCUGGAAGGCAAUCUAAUCGCGGGAUGGGUUGCACAUAAUAACGCAGUGAUUAAGAUGGCAGCAGCCGAUGGCUACAUUUUCAGCUUAGCUACUCAUGGUGGUAUACGUGGAUGGCAUGUGAUUUCUCCUGGGCCUCUUGACGGGAUAAUAAGGUCGGAACUGGCUGAAAAAGAACAGACAUAUGCACAGACGGACAGUGUUAGGAUUCUGAUUGGUUCAUGGAAUGUUGGCCAAGGAAAAGCUUCCCAUGAUGCGCUUAUGUCUUGGUUAGGCUCAGUAGCAUCAGACGUUGGUAUUCUUGUCGUAGGCUUGCAAGAAGUAGAGAUGGGUGCUGGGUUUUUGGCAAUGUCAGCUGCAAAAGAAUCGGUAGGAGGAAAUGAAGGGAGUACGAUAGGGCAGUACUGGAUAGAUACGAUAGGGAAGACCUUAGACGAAAAAGCAGUUUUUGAACGCAUGGGAUCGAGGCAAUUAGCUGGUUUGCUCAUAUCACUUUGGGUGAGGAAGAAUCUGAGAACCCAUGUAGGGGAUAUUGAUGUUGCAGCAGUUCCAUGUGGUUUUGGACGCGCAAUAGGAAACAAGGGAGGUGUAGGUUUGAGAAUUAGGGUCUUUGAUCGGAUUAUGUGCUUCAUCAACUGUCACUUGGCUGCUCAUCUAGAAGCUGUAAACCGCAGAAAUGCUGAUUUUGAUCACAUAUACAAAACAAUGUCCUUUACCCGGUCAUCAAAUGCUCAUAAUGCACCAGCCGCUGGUGUGUCUACCGGUUCUCAUACCACAAAGAGCGCAAAUAAUGCAAACGUAAACACAGAAGAGACAAAACAGGACCUAGCAGAGGCGGACAUGGUUGUAUUUUUUGGUGAUUUCAACUACCGCCUCUUUGGUAUAUCAUAUGAUGAAGCUAGGGACUUUGUCUCACAAAGAAGCUUCGAUUGGCUUAGAGAAAAAGAUCAGCUCAGGGCAGAGAUGAAAGCUGGAAGAGUAUUCCAAGGAAUGCGUGAGGCCAUUAUUACUUUCCCUCCAACUUAUAAGUUUGAAAGACAUCGGCCUGGAUUAGGAGGGUACGAUUCGGGUGAGAAAAAGCGGAUUCCUGCAUGGUGUGACAGAGUAAUAUUCAGAGAUACGCGUACGAGUCCAGAAUCUGAAUGCAGUUUAGACUGUCCUGUUGUUGCUUCGAUUAUGUUGUAUGAUGCUUGUAUGGAUGUGACAGAGAGUGAUCACAAACCGGUCCGUUGCAAAUUCCAUGUGAAGAUAGAGCAUGUUGAUAGAUCGGUAAGGAGACAAGAGUUUGGGAGAAUCAUCAAGACCAACGAGAAAGUCAGAGCGUUGCUCAACGACCUACGUUAUGUACCAGAGACAGUUGUUAGCAGCAACAGUAUCGUUCUCCAGAACCAAGACACCUUCGUGCUUCGCAUCACCAACAAAUGUGUCAAGGAGAACGCUGUGUUCAGGAUCUUGUGCGAAGGGCAGAGUACAGUGAGAGAAGACGAAGACACGCUUGAGUUACAUCCGUUAGGCUCAUUCGGUUUCCCACGGUGGCUUGAGGUAUCCAAACUAAAACGAUCAAUCCUUGGUCACAAUUCUCUCAAGACUCGCCUUGUUAAGAUGAUUCGGUCUUCUUUUUUUCAGGUAAUGCCAGCUGCAGGAACUAUAAAACCGGAUAGUUCAGUGGAGGUAUCGGUUCACCAUGAGGAGUUCCAUACAUUAGAAGAGUUUGUAGAUGGAAUUCCUCAGAAUUGGUGGUGUGAGGACACACGGGAUAAAGAAGCAAUACUUGUGGUGAAUGUACAAGGAGGUUGUUCGACUGAGACCGUGUGCCACCGGGUCCAUGUUCGUCACUGCUUCUCGGCUAAAGCUCUUAGGAUCGAUUCCAAUACAUCUAACUCCAAAUCCCAGAGUUUGAAGAAAAAUGAAGGAGACUCUAAAUCUCAGAGUAGUAAGAAGAACGAAGCAGAUUCUGACUCCAAGUCUCAUAAGAAGAGCGAUGGAGAUUCCAACUCCAAGUAUUCGAAGAAGAGCGAUGGAGACUCCAACUCCAAGUCUUCGAAGAAGAGCGAUGGGGAUUCUAACUCCAAGUCUUCGAAGAAGAGCGAUGGGGAUUCUAACUCCAAGUCUUCGAAGAAGAGCGAUGGAGACUCCUGCUCCAAGUCACAGAAGAAGAGCGAUGGAGACACCAACUCCAAGUCUCAGAAGAAGGGCGAUGGAGAUUCGAGCUCUAAGUCUCACAAGAAGAGCGAUGGAGAUUCGAGCUCUAAGUCUCACAAGAAGAGUGAUGGAGACUCCAGUUCUAAGUCUCAGAAGAAGAACGAUGGAGAUUCUUCAAGCUCAUACAAGUCGCAGAGUGGGAAGAAAAACAGUAACUCGUCAACCGGAGAGGAGAGCCGGAAUGGCCAUAACAAACGUUGACUUCAAAAAAAAAAUAAAAAAGAUCUGUGAAAUUCUU